AACGUUCCCGAAAUGAGCUGAACAGGUUCAGGCAAGAGGAGGGUCCAUCCCAAAGACGAUUCGAGUUGGAUGGUCAAACGCGCAAAGCGAGCGGCUGUUGUAUCCGGCACGUGUCGUCUUCCAAGGGUCGCAUCGAAUUCCAUAUCAGCGCAUUUCCAACAGUCUUGGCACCGAGGGAAAGACAACUGCGUCAUCAUCCACCGCUCGCAUCCAGCAUGGUCCGUCGCAGUCCAGGUUGGCUACCAGGUCGACAGGAUCAAGGAUGAAGAGCCAAAUAACGAGCGACAUGGAUCUCAGGUCAAUUGGCAGGGAAUCCGGCAUGUGCGCCUGGGUUGGAGGAGACAACACUCGAAUCAGCAGCCAAAGCCUUUCGGCCCUGAUUUGCUUCGUUGUCGAUACGGCGCUGGAAGGCCAACCACGCCCCGCGUCAAACAGCGACACCAUGCCAGUCGGACGCAUUCACCUCCAUCCUGUCGACAAUCCCUCUCGUGCAAGUUGUUACUGAUAGGUUGCAACAGACGAUGCCGGUCCGAUCUUUCCGAGAUCAUGCGACGUAAUAUUGAGAACCAUGUGCGACGGCCAGAAGAGGGGUAAUAUCUGCGUCGACAUCAUCUCCGUCACAGCGAGCAAUUUCGAAUUGCAGAACAGCGCGGCAUUGUCUGAAGGGAGUCGAGUAACAUAACGGAAAUCGCAGUCGAGAGUCAUUGUCGUCUUCGAUGGUCGUCCUCGUGCGGCCACGGAGUUUGGUGGUUUCUCCUCGGCAAGUGCUCGUGGCGGGGCGGCGGGGAUGUUGUCUCUCCAUUCCAAGCAUCUCGUCCUUUCCGUUUCACUCCAGACAUCUUCCAGGAUCAUUCAGGCGACUCGGCGGCAUGGUUGGCGAUCGCGCUCGUCGUCAUCGUCAUGGCGCGGGGGUUGGCGAGGAUUGGCGCUUUACUCGGAAUCUCACAGUGGCCUCCCAGCCCACACACCCAAUGCCACGACACAAAGGACCAAAAAAAAAAGGAAAUGGGAAAUGGAUAUUCAAAACUCACUUUUAGGCGCCAACAAAAACA